AUGAUUGCUAAACGUGCCUUAUCCACUUUAAUUCCUCCAAAAAUUGUAUCUGUCAAGAAUUUAGGGGCUGCUCCAAAUUCCAAGAGAAUUAGCAACGUUGUUUCAUUUUAUAAGACUUUGCCACAAGGAUCUGCUCCAGUUGUUAAACCAUCUGGUGUUAUUGGUAGAUACAAAGCUAAGUUCUUUGAUGGUGACAAUGCCAGUGGUAAGCCAUUGUUACAUUUGGCUGGCUUUAUUUUAGUUAUGGGUUACACUAUUGAAUAUUUGACUCAUUUGAGACAUCAUAAAGAGCAUUAA